UCGCUUCCGGACAGUGUAAUGACGCGGUGUGUGUUGCAUUAAAAUGUGAGUUUUAUUUUAGGAUCUGAUUUUCUCCACAACAUCUAACGCGCAGGUUUUGUAAAGACAGAAACUACAGAUGGCUCAUUUAUCAGAAAACCCUGCGGAUAAGAACCGGUUUUUGUGUAUAUAUCCAGCUUACAUUAACAGUAAAAAAACAUUGGCAGAAGGCAGAAGAAUACCGUCAGAGAAGGCGGUGGAAAACCCUUCCUGUGCUGAAAUCAGAGAUGUUCUAACUGCAGCAGGAUUAAAUGUCUAUGUUGAGAAUAAAAUGUUUCCAAGAGAAUGGAAUAGAGAUGUACAGUUUAGAGGAAGAGUGCGAGUUCAAAUCAAACAAGAGGAUGGAAAUUUGUGUCUGGAGAAAUUUACCUCUAAAAAAGAUCUUAUGUUUUAUGUGGCUGAGAUGAUCCCGAAGUUGAAGACAAGAACACAGAAAAGUGGCGGCAGUGAUUCUGGAACACAACAAAGUGAAGGAGGCAAAAAGGGAAAGAAGAAGAAGAAGUAACCACAUGGAAGUUAAUCAGACAAGCUUAAAGAACAUUGACAGUUUUUUUUUAUUUAUUUUUAUUUUUUAACAUUUUUGGUUUUCUCAGUACAGGAAAAUAAUGACAAUUUUUAAGUUUGAGAGGUUAAAAAUGUUAAUCAUUUGUUUUAGUUCCUUUUAUUGCCACAUUAGUUUUCAUUAAGACAGUUUUAACCUCUGCAUUUUUGUUGAUUAGGGAGUUAUUGGUGUAAAUUCUGAUCCACUGACGCAAACCUGGAAACCAUUUGCCAUUCAUUAGGUUUAUUAAAGAAAGGAAGAUUUAGUCAUGUGUGGUUGUAUUGUUUUCAGUUACUAAUAAAAGAUGCCAUACAAAUAUGGUUAUUUUGACCAGA